AUGGAUUCUUCCGCGAUUCGCAAGCCUAAGGUCGACCUGCGACCUGCGCCUGUCAAGCCUACGAAGAAGGAGCUCGCAUCCUCUGCGCCUGCAGUUCCCAAGGCAGCGACUUCAUCUGAAGCGUCGGAGUCUCUGAAGGCGACAAACGAGAAAGUGCCGCUUAGUAGCACCCUCGGCAUUGAUGACGCGAAGAAGGAUAUGGUCGACGCAGCUCAACAUGGGAUCUUGACGCCUCCACCUGAAGGCGCGUCCUGGCCAAAGAGACUCCUUCACCAAGCAAAAGAGCUUUUCAAAUUCUACUGGAAUGGGGUGAAGCUUGUGAACUCGAACCGGCUCCGCGUCAAAGCCAUCCAGGCGCGCAUUAAGGGUGGAGGAGCCCCGCUUUCGCGGUGGGAGACGCGUUUCAUCGCGACCAACAGGCAGGAUAUCCUCAAACUCAUCCCCUUCCUGCUCAUCGUGGCUAUCGCCGAGGAAGUGAUACCUCUCGUCGUCCUCUAUGCUCCUUUCCUCCUCCCUUCCACUUGCCUCUUGCCCUCCCAGCGGGAACGUAUCAGCAACAAGCGUCGCGAGAAGCAGAAGACCUUUUUGGAAACAAUGAAACCCAUGUUCCAGGGCGUCCACAAUCAGGCACUCGCAAAUUCUGCACUCUCGGUCGACGUCCUCCUUGACAGCACCGCUACGCUCUCGUAUAGCGGCGUACUCUCCCUCUCCACAUGGGGUCCCCCUCCCAGCCGGCUGCGCAGAGUCAAGAAAUACCUCGACUCGAUCGCUGCCGAUGACACACUUCUUAUACGCGAGAACUGGGGCGAAAUGCUAAUUCCUAUUGAGGUCCAGGAAGCUCUUGAGGAGCGAGGAAUUGUCACCCAGGAUCUUUCGGCCGAGGCAAUGCGUGCGCGUCUUCGGUGGUGGUUGGCUGGGGUCAGCCAAGCUGGCAUUGAUCCCGUUCGAAGGCGCGUGGAGCUGGUUGCUGCCAACGCUAUUGGCAAGUACAACGCGUAA